AUGGCGGCGCUCAACCUCACCUCGCUCGGCGCCGAGCUCGAUGCCAUCCGGCGACAGCGCGCCACUUCCUCCUCCUCGGUCGACACUGCGUCGACGGGAACAUCGCCCCUCACCCCGCCACUGCUCUCUGCACCAUUGCCCUUCAUCGCGGACACGGAGGCGGACGACGACGCCAUCAGGAUAGACACGCCGAGGAUCGACACGCCGAAACCUCAAGUUGCGCAGGUGGAGCAGGAGAAGAAGGAGCAGCCGUUUGCGACGUGUUUGCUGUGCUUCCAACGACCGCCUAGUGCGGUACUGCUGCCAUCGCACGAAGAUGACCCGGAACCACGCACCGACCGAGUGCCCUUCAACGUCGCGCUGGCGAGGGCGAUGCGCAAGUCGCCCGAGAAGAAGCGGCUCGGCAUGGCCGGCUUCAUCCCUCCGGAACUUGGGGCGAGCGGCGCAGAGUUGGGAGGAAAGGACGUGCUGAGCGGGCCGAUACGGAGCCAAACUGGCCAGGACGGACAGAUCAAGCUCGAGAGCCGAGGGGAGGGACAGAGGGGAGUGGGGAGGACGCAGUGUCUUGUCUGCAGGAGCGGGGUCGAGGGGUGGUUGAGGGUGUACACUGGUUGA